CUUUGCAAGGGGACGCAUGUCAUAUUUUUCAUGAAUAUUCAUUUUUAAUAAAAUCUCUAUUAUUAUUAAAAUAUGAGAAAGUGUCGUAUGAACAGAAGUGCAGUGAUUUUAUAUAGGUGUAAAAUAUAGUCACAAUAGACUCUUUCUAAGGUUUUUCUGAGGACGCCGUAUUGUUGCUCCAUCUCGAAGUGCUCAAUUAUGUCUACGUGCCCUGCUCCUCAGACUAGCUAGUGAAAGUUAUGGUUAUAGAUCUCCUCGCGGGGUUGCAGAAAUGCAUUUGAAGGAGUAGAGUGUUUUAAGAAAGUGAAAAAAAAAGAAGUGUUCAUGGAAAACGUGAACUUUCAACCGAGCGGCGAGGAGAUAGAGCGGGCCCUGAUGGACCUGGGCCCACUCCUGGGCGUCACCAUCAAGGAGGAGGUGCAGGACGAGCUGGGCGAGGCGAGCUCCGCGCCGGCAUCCCGCGUCAAUGUGGGCAGCGCGUCGGAGAGCGGUAAGGGCUCGGGCGGCGGCGACGGCGGCGGCGGCGCGGACUCGCUAGCAUCGCCGGGGGCCGCGCGCUCGCCGGCCGGCGCGCGCUGCGUGCUGUGCCAGGCGCCGCUCGCGCUGGCCGACGGCACGCCCAAGCUCAUGGAGUGCCUGCACUCCGCCUGCGAGCCCUGCAUCAACGCCAAGCUCGAGGAGAGGCAAGCGAACUCCAGGGACUUCUUAGGCGCGGAGCGCAUCACAGUGACGUGCCCGGCGUGCCGGCUGCAGUGCCAGGUGGCCAACAUGAUCGACCAGCGCUUCGUGCUCGAGAAGAUGGCCGCCGAGCAGGCCGGAUCCAGCAGCGCGGGCGUGGGCGAGCAGCAGUGCAACAGCUGCGAGGACACGGAGCCGGCCACCAGCUACUGCGUGGACUGCGCCGAGUUCAUCUGCGACAACUGCGUGCAUGCGCACCAGAGGCUAAAAAUAACCAAGGACCACACGAUCAAGAGCAAGGAGGAGGCGCUGGCCGAGCUGCAGGCGGCGCAGGCCACGCCCUCCGCGAACGACAUGUUUUGCCGCGACCACGUGCAGGAGCGGCUGACGCUGUUCUGCGAGACGUGCGACCGGCUGACGUGCCGCGACUGUCAGCUGCAGCACCACCGCGACCACAAGUACCAGUUCAGCACCGAGAUGGCCGCGCAGGCGCGCGCCAACAUCUCGUCGCUGCUGUCGGAGGUGUCGUACAAGCGCGUGCUGCUGGGCUCGGCCAUGAAGGUCAUCCGCGACCGCCAGCAGCUCAUCGCCGACAAGAAGAAGGCGCUCGUGCACGACAUCACGCAGACCGUGGUCAAGCUCACCAACGCCAUCAACACGCGCGGCAAGCAGCUCGUGCUGCGCCUCAACGAGGUCUGCGACGCCAAGCAGCGCACGCUCGCCGAGAAGAAGGACGCGCUCGAGCAGCUCGCCGCCAUCACCGACCACUGCGUCGACUUCGUCACGCGCGCGCUCGACCAGGGGAGCGACACGGCGGUGCUGUACAGCAAGCGCGCGGUGUGCUCGCACCUGCAGCGCAUCAAGAGCCGGCGCGCAGACAUCCCCAACCCCGAGAUCCCCGUGCGCAUCAGCCUGGCGCUCGACAAGCUGCCCGACCUGAUUCGAGUGCUGUCGAGCAUCGGCGCCAUCGUGGUGGACGGCAAGGUGGACGGCGCGGGCGGCGCGCAGGGCCCCUACCACCCGCCCGCGCAGCCACCACCCGCCCCGCCCGCGCACCCCGCCCCUCCCGCGCCGCCCGCCCCCCCGCACUCCGCCGUCGUCGCGCUCCAGCAGGUCGCCAUGCACCAGUCGUACGUGCAGUCGGUGCCGGGCGGCGGCGGCUACCUGCUGCAGACGCGGCACGCGCGCCCGCCCACGCCGCUGCGACACCCGCACGUCACCUCCACCACGCACCCGCACCACCUGCACGGCAUGAACGAGAUGAACCUGCGCGGGCUGCUGAGCGCGCAGGCCCAACGCGGCGCCGCCCCCGCGCGCGCGCCGCUGCCCUCCGCGCACCCCGCCGCGCACCCCUCCGCGCACGCCGCCAUGCAGCACGCCUACCAGCAGAUGAUGGGCGCGUACGCAUCGAACGCGUACAACGUGGUGAGCGCGUCGUACGUGCAGUCGGUGCCGGGCGGCGGCGGCUACCUGCUGCAGACGCGGCACGCGCGCCCGCCCACGCCGCUGCGACACCCGCACGUCACCUCCACCACGCACCCGCACCACCUGCACGGCAUGAACGAGAUGAACCUUCGCGGGCUGCUGAGCGCGCAAGCACAACGAGGCGCCGCCCCCGCGCGCGCGCCUCUGCCCUCCGCGCACCCCGCCGCGCACCCCUCCGCGCACGCCGCCAUGCAGCACGCCUACCAGCAGAUGAUGGGCGCGUACGCAUCCAACGCGUACAACGUGGUGAGCGCGGUGAACGCGCUGCCCGCGCCCGCGCCCGCGCCGCCCGCGGGCUCCGGCCGGCGCAGCGGCGGCCCGCGCACGCCCUCGCCCGCGCCCAACUACCCGCACCAGCCCGCCAAGUGGCACAUCCCGCAGCAGAACGCGCCCAACGGCGGCGUAGACGCGGGCGCGCUGGGCGGCGGCGCGUGCGGCGGGCCCGAGUACAAGAUCACGCUGGGCCGGCCGCGCGCGCCCGCCGCGCCCGCCGCCGUCACCUCCACCAACCCCAAGACGCCCAGCCCCAGCCUCAACGGCGUGGGCGGCGCGCUGGAGCUGGACAAGGUGUGCGCGGAGUCGGUGCAGGACCUCAUGGCCACCAUCGCCAAGCUGGACUCCAACGGCGUGCAGGUGGUGGCCGAGCGGCCCGAGCGCGCGCCGCCCGCCGCCUCCGCGCCCUCGCCCGCGCCGCACGUGCACUCCAGCACCGACGUCGACGCCACCGCGAAAGCCGUAGCCGAGAGCCUCGGCGUGGGCGGCGGCGCGGCGGGCGCGGCCGACCCCAACGAGGACUGGUGCGCCGUGUGCAUGGACGGCGGCGAGCUCAUGUGCUGCGACAAGUGCCCCAAGGUCUUCCACCAGUACUGCCACAUCCCCACCAUCGAGAAGCUGCCCGACGAGACGGAGAGCUGGCAGUGCCUGCUGUGCGUGAACUUCGCGGACUCGGCGGGCGAGGACGAGGGCUGGUGCGGGCCGGGGCUGUCGCCGCGCCAGCAGCGCCUCGUGGAGCGCAUCACGCUGGAGCUGUACUGCCAGUACGAGGCCUCGCUGCCCUUCCGCGAGCCCGUGCCCGCCGACAACCUGCACUACCACUCCAAGAUCGCGCGGCCGAUGUGCCUGGACGCCAUCCGCAUGCAGCUGCAGCCGCGCGCGCCGCAGCGCUACACGCACGUGGCGCAGUUCGUGCACGACUGCCGCCUGCUGUUCCGCAACGCCUACCACUACAACCCGCCGGACUCGGCGCUCUUCAAGGACGCCAAGCGGCUGGAGGAGUUCUUCGACGCGCAGCUGGUCAAGUUCCUGCCCGAGUACGCCUACUGGAGCGGCGACGGCGAGCCCCCGCAGAAGCGCGCGCGCGCCCACGCGCUGGCCUGCUGAUCCGCGCCCGCGGGCCCGCCGCCGCCGCCCGCCGCGUCCGCGUCCACCGCCCCCGCCGACGACUGCUUCCUGAAACCCGACCCCCCCGAGAGAAACCCCGCCCCGAGAAAACUUAACAA